CCCGGUCCAUCCAAAUCCAUGUCACGCCCCGCGCACGAGCUGCACGUGCAGUUUCCCGGUUCCAAUUAAAAGCACCCACAAAUUACAAAAUACAGAAUUUCUGAAAAAAGAAAAAGAAAUAACUAAGAGGACGAAACGUUGGACUAUCUUCUUUCUCUCUCUGGUUCGAAAAGAGCUUCUUCACAGAGAACAAACCGAGGGUUUUUGCCAAGGAAGAUAGGGAGGAAUAGAAACCCUAGGAGCUAGAGAGAGAAAGCCCCAAAUCACACACGGGGAAAAGAGGGAGGAGAGUUACUGAGUGGGGGGAGCUUCUCUAUUGGAACUGUGUCAAAGCUAGGGUUUUCGAAUUCGUUCAUGAAGGAUUAGAGUACUUUUUAUUUGUCGAUCCUCGUCAAGAAGUUUCUGUCUACACCAGGCGGCAGUGCUAUUUCACAAAUAUUGUCAUCAAAGCCUACUGCAGUUCUUAAUGGAAAUUAAAGUUUUGGUGUUCUACGUGGACUUCUUCGAUUGUAAGCAUGUUAUGUAAAGCACCAUGACACUCGAAGAUUUCUUUACUUUAACUGAGAUGAAAGAUGGGCUCACAGCCCCGUCUCGAGUUGAGGAGCUGGUCAACGUAAUGCAGAGUGAGAAAGAUUCUAUUGCGAAUAAUGUGGGUGAUGCAACCAGGCAGUGGGCUGCUGUUGCUAGCACAAUUGCUGCCACGGAGAAUAAAGAUUGUCUAGAUCUUUUUAUUCAAUUAGAUGGACUCUGGUUUGUUGAUAGAUGGCUUAAAGAUGCUCAAAACUUAGGUAAUGAUACGAAUGAGAGCUUUGUAGAAGAGUCAAUAACUGCGCUGUUACGAGCACUUGAAAAGCUGCAUAUAGACAAUAAGCGGUCAAUAUCUUCAGGGAUCUGGAGUACCGUGAAGAGUCUUCUUGGCCACAAAAGCACAAUGGUUCAGGAUCGAGCGAGACUGCUGUUUGAUAGCUGGAAGCAGGAUGUUGAGAAUGCUGAGGUUCUCUGUGAUGAUGGGAAUUCUAAGAUUUUGGAAGAAGAUUCUAAGGCUUCUGCUGUAAAAAGUACUUCAGAAGUAGGUACUAACAGAGAAAAUCACACAUCAGGACCUGCUCGAGAUGAAUUGUCCCCAUUAAGGACUUCAGGCGGUCUUCAACUAGAAAAUGCUGAUGCUGUACUGAGUAACAAACAGUCCCCAACCCACAAACUUUUAGACAAUGCAGACAUCAAAGAUAGAUCUCCAGAUCCUUUGGCCUCUGCUGUUGUCAUGGACCCUAUUCAAGAAAGUCCUAUAAAAGAUGAAUCCUCUAUGUGUUCUGUGGGAGGAACUGCUUCAAUUGGAACUUCUAGUUUUCCAGUAGCAAAGCUGAGCAAUGUUGAUGGACUUUCUGACACUCCAAAAUCAAAUGAGUUGUCCAAAAAUGAAAAUCAGGAUGAGAAAGUCAACAGUUCUCCACAGAAGUUGGGUGUGACAGACAUCUCUUCGGGGCCUGGUCUGGUGGAACCCGGGUUUGUUUCUUCAGGUGCUGAUGGUUCAAAUUCCCAGGUCUUUGCUACUGAUUCUGCGUUGCAAAAAAGUGGUAAUGCCAACCAGGACGAUUCUUGUCAAAAAUUUACUGCUCUUGCUAAUGAAGGGACAGCUGCGUCUGAUCCAAAAGGUGUGAUGGAUGACGCAAGAGCGGUAAAUCAUUGCAAUACUACAGUUCAAGAUGGUGAAUGCUGUUCAAACACUCCACAUGACUUGUCUGGUAAUGGUAGCAUGUCAGGAAAACUUGAAGAUUUAGAGACUUCUUCCAGGAUGGCUGACCCGGGAGCUGUUGAUGAAGAUAUGGAGCAUGUCAGCGAUGAAGGUGAGGAAUUGACAACUGCAGAUGAUAUUGAUCAUGAGUAUGGGAUGGUUGACGCUCUAGAAGUUGCUCGACAAGUAGCCCAAGAAGUAGAAAGAGAAGUAGUGGAUUAUAGAGAACCAUACUGCAGUUCAUCUUCAGAGAAAAUCUCUGAAGGUGGACUCAGACGAGCUGAUAGCCCAGACUCUAUAAAUGGAGAACAGGACUUACCCACUCAUGUUUCACCAAAGGAGGCGGCAACUGAGCAAAGUCAUUCGGCAGAGGUAAAUCCUGAGAGGGAGGGCCACAUAGUCAAUUCAGAAAAUGUGGGCACUAUUCCAGAACAAUGCACUAAUGACAUGGAGUCCUCUCAGGUGACUGAAGCAGCUCAAGAACCCGAACUUAUCCCAGAAAAAAGCCUUUGUAAUUUUUUUGAUCUAAAUCAAGAAGUGUGCUCUGAUGAAAUGGAUCGCCCAGUAAAUCCUGUCUCUACUCCAAUUCCUGUUUCAAGGCCAGUAGCAGCUGCUGGUUUACCUGUAGCCCCUUUGCAGUUUGAGGGGGCUAUUGGGUGGAAAGGAUCUGCUGCUACUAGUGCUUUUCGCCGAGCAUCUCCUCGCAGAUUUUCAGAUGGUGACAAGAAUCUUUCUACAGGGGCCACCAGUGAUGGCUCAAAGCAGAGACUGGAUUGCCUUGACAUAGAUCUGAAUGUGGCUGAGGGUGGAGAUGAUUUAGGAAAACAAGUUCCGGUGUCAUCUGGCCUUCCUUCUGGGGAAUCUUCAGUUGAAGUGAGUCAAAAUAGAUCAGGGAGGCCCAAUUUGGAUCUAAAUCGUAUUGAUGAUGAUGGUGAUGCCUUACCAUCGGAUUUAAGGAUGGAAGGACAGUUCUUAAACAAUCGGAAUGGCCGUCGCAGCCCAUCUCCUGCUUCAUCGUCAUCGUCAAUGCAGCCUUCUAUGAGGAAUUUUGAUUUGAAUGACAGGCCAUAUUUUCAUAAUGAUUCUACAGAUCAAGGACCAGGUAAGUCUUCUCAAACUGCAAAUGCAUAUGGAUGGCCUAAACCGGAUGCUUCAGUUAUUUCUAUCAUGGGUACUCGAGUGGAGAUAAACAGACCUGAUGCUCCUCAAACUCUGUCCCUGGCAAAUGGCAAGGCUAUUGAGACUGCAGCAGAUGUUAGCAUGGCAAGAACGGGGAAUCUUUUGGACAUGGGUUCAACGGUCUCUUACACUCACUCUCCUGUUUUUGGGUACAAUGGACUGGCAACAGGGCCUACCAUGUCGUUCUCCUCAGCCAUGUAUGGACCUGGUGGCACAAUCCCCUACAUGGUGGAUUCUAGAGGAGCUCCUGUUGUGCCUCAAAUAAUGGCGUCUCCGUCAGUUGUUCCGCCUCCAUUUUCCCAGUCACCGUUCAUUAUGAACUUGAGUGCAACGGCACAACCAGGUCUAAAUGGUGCUGGGCCCUCACGUCCUCCUAGCUUUGAUCUGAAUUCUGGCUUUAUGGUUGAGGGAGGCAAUAGGGACUCGGGCCUGAGGCACCUUUUCAUUCAUGGUCAGAGUGGCAGGUCUAUGGAGGAUCAUUUGAGGAACAACUCACAACCCCCUCCUUCAAGUUCCACCGUUGGUGGGAAAAGGAAGGAACCAGAUAGUGGCUGGGAAUCAUUCCCGUUUAGCUACAGACAUCAGCAACAGCAACCACCAUGGAGAUGAGAAAUUUUUAACUGCGGGCAGUCGUCUCGUUGGAUCAGUUUCAUAAAUCCAACUAAGUAGAUUGAUACAUGCGAUCCAGAAGUGGGUGAGCUCAUUCGCUUUAGUUGAACUGAAUAAAGUUGGAGGAAAUUAUCAAGGUAACAUGAUUUAUGUGAUUAAUUGCUGAAGGAAGAAUUAGGGUCUUGUUUUUAUUUAUUGGUUUUUUUUUUUUUGCCCUUUUCUUUAUCUUUCUGUGUUUCAUAGAAGGCCAUUUGCAACAUAGGAGGAGACUUUGGUACGUGUAGCUGUAAUUUUUCUUCCAUGUAUAUCACAGAAAUUAUAGGAACAAAUUCCUACAUUA